AUGUUGGCGCUCACGAUUUCCCCGGAGGCCUUAGGCUGCACGCGCUGCACCCCGUCGAUGCAGCUGCACGCGCUGCACUUGCAGUCAGUGCCGUCGCUGGCGUCUCAGUCCCAGCGCUUGGACGCCUCCGCCGGCUUAAGCACAUUGCCCCCGACGCCGGAAAGGCUGAGGCCGCCUGCUUCUCAGUUCGCUGUCUCAGCUUGGCUCGCGGUCUUCGGGGCACUUUAUCAACGCACACGUCCACUGCGGCGACGACACCUGCUGGAGGCCUUCAAGGUCGACAGCGCAAGCUCCGAUUCAGAUGCUGCAGUUCUUCUGGGCGAAAUCCUUGGCGUGCUGCGGAAAGCGAAACGACCCCUUCAUCUGACGGAGCUCGGGUCCGCCGUGGAAUGGAGUGUGGAGCGCCGGCAGAGGCACGGCCGCUUCGCCUCCUUCGUCCGGAGACAGCGGGAGCUUUGGGUGUCUGGGGGCGUGGUUGGUGAGGCCAAGCUACGCGCCUGGCCGAGUGGCUGCCAAGCCCGGCCGUUGACCGAGCUUCGGGUAGUGGAGCUUUUUUCAGGCAUUGGAGGAUUCCGAGCUGCAUUCCACCGCGCAUGUGCCAUGGCAGGAUUCCCCGUGGAUGUUGGCGCACCGAAAGAAUGGAUCAACUUUGAGGCCUCGAAGCUGGCAAAUGAGGUCUACAGCAGCAAUUUCGGAGUACCAUAUGCUCCUUUGCUGCCAAAAGAUGUUCGUCGACUUCAGCCUAGCGAGGUAGACUUCGCUGAUCUUUGGAUUCUGUCUCCGCCUUGCCAACCUUACACGCGCCUGGGCCGCCGCGCAGACUUGAAAGAUCGACGGGCGCUGCCUCUGCAGCACCUGGCAUCGCUCCUGACACAGCUUGAACAGCCACCUCAGGCAAUCCUGCUGGAGAACGUGGUGGGCUUCGAAGCGUCAGAAUCCUUCAGCAUGAUCACGCAGGCCUUGCUGAAGGCCCACUUCGAGGUUCGUGUGUUUCAGUUGAGCCCACUACAGCUGGGUAUCCCGAACCGGCGGCCACGAAUUUACCUCCUGGCACGGCAGUCUGAGGAGCCCAAGGUGCAAGCACUGGAGGAGGACUUUCCAGGCGCAGCAACUUUUCGAAGGGCAUCACGGCCAUUGGCGGAGUAUUUGCAGCGAGAUGAGGACCUGGAUCCAGCCACGUGUUCUGUUCCGCUCCGGAUGCUUGAGCUUCUGGAAUCUCGAAGCCAGCGCUGGGAGGUGGUGACUCCAAAGAGUACGAGCUCAUCCACGUUCACAGCAGGCUACACCACUACUUGCUUUGAAGCUUAUCGAUUCGGACCUCUUCUGGCAAAAGAUGAAGGUGGUGGUGAAUACGACGAAUGCGACGAGUGUCGUCCAGUCAUGCUUCCUGGUGGCCGCGUGAAGCGUCUGGUGAUGCCUGGCGAGGCCGUGAGGUUCUUCACUCCUCACGAGCUUCUGCAGAUCGCCGGCUUCCCUUCCAGCUUCAUCUUCCCCAGGACCGUCACACCACACCAGCGUUACAAGCUCAUCGGUGACUCGGUAAAUGUCGACGUGGUCGCCCAGCUGCUACGUUUUAUGAUCUUUGAGUGGACAAACCUGGGCCUCGAAGCUUGUGGGAUGUAG